CGCGCCCGAGAGUGAUCAGCUGGCACAAGCACGACAGCAGUGAGCAGGGAUAUGGGUGCAUGGCCAUGGAGAAGACGAUGAAGCAUGCAAGAAAUUCGGAGGAAAGGGGGAGAGUCGAUGCAGCGUCGGCAGACAUAAGCGCGUUCGAGCUGCAUCUGCAGCAGCUGUACCUCUACUACAAGGCGAGGCGAAGGCGAGGGCAGGCCGUGCUAGUUGUGUCUUCAGCCUGGGCCUGCUACAACGUUAGCGUCUGGGUUAGGGGCUGGAUGGAAUCGAAGCAAGUCACAGGGACCCGGGCUGAACGAUUUUCCCGCUCCGCCGGGCCUCCCCGUACAGGGCGGUCACUCGUGGUUUCUGCUGGUGAACACCGUGGGCAGCGUCGCCCUAGUGAGUGCUUGCUUGAAGUCCACUUAUCGAGACAGCCAGCUCUACGUGCCACACAGGUACGAGGAGAGCGCGAACGGCGUUCUAAGUUUGCUGGGGUUGUGCUUCGCCGGAGGAAAGGAGCGCUCGCUCCGAAGGCGGACCGUGCCUCCGCCGAUCAAAGCGAGGGGUGGGGGCAGCGGGGACAACAACCGGGAUGAUUCGGGCAGAGGGAGAAGAAAUCGAUGACAAGCGCGUGCGCUACAGAGCAAUGCGUCCCUCUGCCUUUCCAAGCGCCUGGGGGUGCUAUAUUAGCAGCGGCAUUCCUUCAACACAGCAGCCCGCCUUGCUUGUACCUUGUGUUUAGAUGGACUUGGGGUUGUCGUGUCGUCCUACGAUUAUGAGCGGUUCGCGGCUAGUGGGAGCGGGGGCUUCGCUGACACCCACGGAGAGCACGUUGAGUUGGACGUUAGUUUGAAACAGCAGCGUCAACGUUCUCGACGUGUUUGUGUGUGUGCUUUGCAACAUGCACUCAGGCGGCAACAGAAUUCUGAAACUGCUUGUGUUUUUUCUUUCUUGUUGGGGCUGAAAUCACGGCCGGCUGUCAUGGCGCCGUAGGUCGUUGAUUGCCGUGCGUGGUAGCUCUGUGCAGCGUUGCACACACCUUGGAGCUGGCUAUUAGAUUCAGUUUUGUUGCCAGGAUCGGUCCGUGCUGACCAUGACGUUGGCAUUGAAUACAUUCGCGAAGAAACAUCAUGUCUGUCCCAUUGUGUAAAGUACCGUAAUAGUGCGAGUCUUGGCUCACCCUCUAGACCGCGACGGGUCAUAGCUUGAUUGCUCCCCAAACACACAAAGUCAAACAGAGCUUUCCUAGCACGAAUCGAGCGGUUUUCGUACUCUCUUGGUACUACAGCAGUACUGCUGUAGUUGCGCAAUCGGGGUUUAUAAGUCGAUCUAGAGAUGGGUGUGUGAUGACUCCGCAAGUUGGCUGCCUCUUCCAUGAUGUCGAUGUUUGUACUCUGUCGAUCGACCUUCUGCGAUGACGUGAAGCGGGGUUCGUCACACACAUUUAAUUGUUUGUCAAGCGCCACCGGACGGUGGAGUGGGAUAAAUAAGCGCGGGGAGGGAGGAGGGAAUAUGGCAUCAACAAGGGCGGCGGCGGUCUGCACACGAAAACCAGGUUCUACCAAGUACAGAACGCGCCCUUACGCAAUAACCCAGGAGUUUAAGUAAUUGAGCCUAAAAAACUAAACAAAAUUUAAGAACUUGAGUACCUUUCAUUUGUGAGCUCGGUGUAGAACCCCUUACACCAACUAAAGCUUAUAAGAGCGACCAUCCGUAGGAUGACCCUAGACACACGGAACUAAGAACCCCAGCCUCGACCAAACUAUAGUCCAAUAGAGGCGGGCGCGUUCCGUAUGAUACAUACCGGUAGCAACCACCACACAAUUGGUUCCCUACGAGUAUAAUCUUUUUCUUGUAAAUAUACUGGUAUGUUCUUUCGCGUGUGUGUGUCCGGUGUCAAUGCUUCCGAAACCCAUUGCGACAGUCUAGGAGGCCAUCUAUCUAUGUAUGUUUAUCUCGUUUUGACUAGGGGGCGGACAAUUUUUCGCUGCGACUGCACAAAACAUGUCAUGCAAGGAUGCAAUAAUAACAACGAACACCAGGUGCGGAAUACAUGUAUGUGAGUGCAUGCAGCAACGCCCGUGUUUAGAUUCCUCGUUGGUACUCAGCAAGCUCCCACACUUUUAUAAUCUCAAUCUUCCUCUCUGAGCCUCAAACGGCCGAACCCAGCUCAGACGCAUGCUUGAUGAUGAUCUGGAGAUAGAUUCAUUCGGAGGAUUUGACUUCGCUGUUGAUACGGAGUACAGAGCACUCCGGGGCUUGUCGUCUAGAAUACAUACGUAGAAAUACAGAUACUCCACGGUUACGGAUGGGAUGGAUUGUAUGUACAUUUAUCGCCACGAGGUAGCACACAUGUGAUACGAAAGAUCAAAACAAAAAAUAUGCGACGGUCGGUAAGCGGAGAGAGCCCUCAAUCACGCCGGUUUUUUUUUUUUCUUGUAUCAUUGGACCCUGUCGUCUGCCACUCUGGCCCCUAUCCUCCACUUUUACCAGCUAGACGACCCAACCGGGGUCACAUAGGAGGGGGGGGUUGGACCCCCUCCUGCGGUUCCUGGUUGGUACAUUUUUAUAGUGAGAAGGGUGCAGCAAUCCCUUCCCUCGCGACUUAUGAAGUCGAUCAUAUGCCCGGCGCAUCGACCUGCGCUAUUCCGAGGGACCGGCGGCAUUCAAUGUGCAGAAUGAAGUGGUAAUUCGGCCUGUGCCCUGCAAUUUCACCGGCGCUAUGUGGGGCCACCGCCGCUAAUCAAUGGCGCCAUUGACGCCCACCCCACUGCCGCUGCUGACCGACUCUCCGUCGUACACUGCUGACCGAGCUGCGAGGCAAGAGGUGGUGUAGAGAACGGAUUCCUGAUGUCGUGCCCCCCCCCCCCCCCCCNCAAAAAAAAAAAAAUGGAAAAUGAACAUUCGUCAUCACAGCAGUGAGUGCAGCAGUCGAUUAACGAUCAAUCGGUAUACAUACGUUGGACACGACGCCACGCAUCGGAUCCCGGCAUUCGGAGGGUUUGUGGAGACACGCGAGCACGGCGGAGACAAGUCGCGCGCGACGGUGUGGGGGGCUUUUUUGCAGCGCCAACGCGCUCAGUACUGCACCUCAUUUCGUCCCCGCAGGCGGCGCAGGCGGAGAAACCCAGCAUUCUUUUUGUGACCUACCGUAAACUCUACCAGUCAGUGCUGCAGCUGCUGCAGCUGCUGUAUCGGGCGCGCAAGAGGGAGGGAGUCGUGGGCUAAAGAGCGGACUAGACUAAAUAGCAGCGGGUGCGCCGCGGCGCUGCUUGUGCAGGAUUGAAGGGAUGAUGGAAGAUCCCGGGGGUGCCAUGCAUGACAGCAACGACAACUCCACUGGUGGGG